GGGUUUAUCUCUCUUGUUUCUCUAAACUCGGUUUCAGAAUCAUUCCCACAUCAGACCAGGGGAUUCUCUCUUUCCAAAUCUCUCAUCGCCAUGACGAAGUUCAGAAAGCUUGGUCGGCCCACUGGCCAUAGAAUGUCCAUGCUCAGAACAAUGGUGUCGCAGUUGGUGAAGCACGAGCGCAUUGAAACCACCGUUGCCAAGGCUAAAGAGAUCCGGCGGCUUGCUGAUAACAUGGUACAACUUGGAAAAGAGGGUUCUCUUUGUGCUGCAAGGCGUGCAGCAGCCUUUGUGCGAGGGGAUGAUGUGAUUCACAAGCUAUUCACUGAACUGGCUUAUAGAUACAAAGAUAGAGCUGGUGGAUAUACAAGAUUACUUCGAACUCGCAUACGAGUUGGUGAUGCUGCACCAAUGGCCUAUAUUGAGUUUAUAGAUAGAGAGAAUGAGCUUAGACAGUCAAAACCUGCAACACCUCAGCCACCACAGAGAGUGCCCUUGGAUCCCUGGACAAGAUCCCGUCUCUGCAAGCAGUUUGCUCCCCCUAAGGAGGAUAAGAGCUCUGAUCCUGAGAUUUGAAAUGAGUUGAUGGCUUGUAAUAAGAUUUUGUUCCAUUCUUUCCUUCGCACAUGGCUGAAACCUGUGCUUCAAUUAAGUUUAUGGGGAUUGCCAUUCAUGGCAAUGUAUCAAUCUCUGUUCCCUGACCAGCCAUUGUGAGAACAUAAAUGGGGAUUAGUGCAGUGCGGAUCGGUAGCAUGUUUGGAUUUGGAUUGAUAGGGCUAAAAAAUAUGGAGGUGAACCCUGUGGCUUUCUUGGAAGACAUUAGCAUGUUCUUGAGUGGUCAUUAAUAAGUUGUGACUGGUUUAUCUGAUUAAGCUUGUUAUACAUCCAGAAUAAUUUGCUCAGAAUUGAUCCAGUUGGAUUCUUUUCAAAGUUUGAGAUUGGGUUGUGGUCCAAGUGUUGGGGUUUUGGUUGUGGGUAGCAAACUAAUCUACAGGAAUGAGAAGAUGCAGUGCUGAUUUUGCGGGUUGUUGAUGCCAAACCCACCCCAUCCAGUGGCUGGUGAAAGGGAGGCCCCCCUUGAAUGCAAAGCAUGUCCAGGAUUGAGGAAGGAGCUGAGGUAGCUGCAUGUCAAACAUGAAAUUUGGUGAGCUGGUGAGCGUUACAAAUACAUUGUUAACCUUUUGAUAAAUAGAAGCUUAGCUUGCAAGUUGAGACUCA